UGUAAAAAACUAAACUAAACGAGAUGAUGAAAGAUUAGAAAUAGGGAAUAGAAACGCGAGGCCCACAUAAUAGUUGAGACGGCUCCUCACAAAUGGGCGCCUCACAUGCAUAUUCACAUAAUUAAUAAGUACCGGAGAUGUUCUACCUGGAUGCUGGACAAAAAAAAUAGGCCGCACGAUAGAUCAUAGCUCUCUAAAUUUGUUAAACUUAAAAGCACCUUCCAAGUUCCAACACAGUUUCCAAAUCAGAUGGUUGAAAUUCAUCUGAUUACCCUGAUUUUUUUUUCAAGACCAUUGGAGUGGGAUCUACAUUCCAUCCAAAGCUGGGACCUGACUCUUGAUGCCCAACACGGUCCCAUUCGUGUACUAUGUACACAGAGUCUGUACUCUGUAGCACAGAAGUAUUGACGAAUAUUCGAUUGACUAGGGCUUCAGAGGAGGGACCCCACAAGCCACAAUCCCACAUUCAAUCAAAAUUUCCCUCUUGCCUUAACUAAAAGCCUUUCACUGGCUCUCCUUGUUCCUCAAGCAACUGCUGAAUUUGACAAAUGGGUGCAGUGCCGGGGAAUGAGUGAUUCUCUCUCUCUCUGGUUCUUCAAGACUUCAACCGUCCAAGAGCCUUGAGAAGUGAGAAGUUGAUCCAAUUUCUCUGAUUGCUUCUCUCUCUCGGCCACACAGCACAAUGGAUACCCCAGGAAAUACUUCCCCUCUCCUCCCCCGGCGGUGGCGCCACCAAUUCCCCCAACUAUCCUGUGCCACCAGCUUCGGCCUCAAGACCACAAUUUGGUCUGAACUCGGUGGCUCCGUAGGCGAUCUCGGCACUUACAUCCCCAUCGUUCUCGCUCUUUCUCUAGUGAACCACAUCGACCUAGGCACCACUCUCAUCUUCACUUCUCUCUACAACAUCCUCACUGGUUUCCUCUUUGGCAUCCCCAUGCCCGUCCAACCCAUGAAAUCUAUUGCCGCCGUCGCCAUCUCCGAGUCCCAAACCCACCUCACCGUUCCCCAAAUCAUGGCUGCAGGCAUAUCCACUGCUUCCGUUCUCUUCCUCCUCGGUGCCACCGGCCUUAUGUCUUUCAUAUACCGUUUCAUCCCUCUACCCGUGGUUCGCGGCGUUCAGCUCUCGCAAGGCUUAUCCUUUGCUUUCUCCGCCAUCAAAUACAUCCGAUACAACCAGAAUUUUACAACCGGAAAAUCAGGCUCUCUUCGCCCCUGGCUAGGUCUAGAUGGUCUUGUACUCGCGCUGUCUGCAAUUCUCUUCAUAGUCCUAAUCACGGGUUCGGGUGACUCGGCUGAGAACGAUGCUCCGCUUGAAACAGAAGAACUCAGUUCCUCCAAUAGUGGUUAUCAUCGUCGCCGGCGUCUCCACAGAUUGCGCGUCUUAUCGGCAAUUCCGGCUGCACUCAUCGUUUUUCUGUUGGGAUUGUUAUUAUGUUUUGUUCGGGACCCAUCCAUUGUUAAACAUCUAAGCUUCGGCCCAUCGAAGAUCAGUGUGGUGAAGAUCACGUGGGAAGACUGGAAGAUAGGAUUCGUUCGAGCUGCGAUCCCACAGAUUCCACUCUCGGUGCUUAAUUCAGUGAUCGCAGUUUGUAAAUUGUCUGCAGACCUUUUUCCCGAAAGAGAGGUAUCAGCCACAGCUGUUUCCGUCAGUGUGGGAGCUAUGAACUUGGUUGGUUGCUGGUUUGGAGCUAUGCCGGUUUGCCAUGGCGCUGGAGGUCUGGCAGGGCAGUACCGAUUUGGAGGGCGGAGCGGUGCUUCAGUGCUGUUUCUGGGCUUGGGGAAGUUAGCUCUGGGGUUAGUUUUUGGGAACUCUUUAGUGAGAAUUUUGAGUCAGUUUCCAAUUGGGAUACUAGGGGUGCUCUUGCUCUUCUCUGGGAUUGAAUUGGCGAUGGCUUCAAGGGACAUGAACAGCAAAGAAGAGUCCUUUGUGAUGCUGGUUUGUGCUGCUGUUUCUCUCACUGGUUCCAGCGCUGCUUUAGGUUUUGGAUGUGGGAUUAUAUUGUUCUUGCUGGUCAAGCUUAGGAAAUGGGAUUGUUCAUUAGGGAUUUGGGGAGGAUUUUUCUCCAAACCCAACUCUUCAAUUGAUGUUGAAACUGGAACAGUGUGAACUCACAGAAUAAAAGGGUUAAUAAUCUCAGCUUCUUUUUGUCCAAUUGAUCCAAAUUAUAUAAAACCCUUUCUUGGUCUGGAAA